UACAGCAGCAACAAGCAUUGUACAACUGAAAAAUUUUAAAGAUUUGCAACUCAUACGUGAUUUAAACAGAGAUUGGAUGACUAUGGCUCCUGGUGGGAACUCUAGAAGACAGUCAGAUGAUGAACAGGAUGGUAUUCAUGAGCAAAGGCCAUCUUAUCAAAGAGCCAAUAGUGUAGAUGAAGUAUCAGGGCAGGCGCCUGCUAUUGUCAGCACCUUUUUAAGUGAGUGUUUCCGUGCAGAUGGCCUUCCUGUUCCACAGGAACUGAGUGAAAAUCAAAGAAAAGUAAACAAGGAAGUGGCUCAUGUCAUUCGUGACAUCGGAGAUCGGUUAUCCAAUGAUACCACAUUGAACAGUCUAAUAUCACAAGUAGUUGUCUCCAAAGAUACUGCUUUUGAUACGUUUCUUCAAGUCGGGGCACAGAUAUUUAGUGAUGGAAAAGUAAACUGGGGAAGAAUAGUGACUCUUUUCUACUUUGGCUACAAGCUAGCACUACAAGUCAUCAAGCAAAUACCACUCAUUAAAAUGAUCAUUGGGUGGGUCUGUGAAUUUAUUAAGGACCGCUUGGCAAAGUGGAUUUUUGAACAAGGAGGAUGGGAAUCUGUGGUUGAUUACUUCAAGGCUUUGAGACAGAGGCAUGAUUUGGAGGUUUACUUUGUCUUCAGCUGUAUUUGUGCUCUUGGCUUUUACCUGUUAUAUCGCAAAUAGUCACUAAUCAUCAGUUGUCACACUGUGAAUACGAAAUAUUAUGUAAUUUACAUUGUUUUAAAUUUUGAGAGACGGGUAAAAAUGUACUUGCUGGCAUACCCCACAAUUUUAAUAAUUUAUUUUUUAAGCACUGUUGGAGUGCAUGCCAUAACUAAGCUUGUAGCAGGUGCAGAAAGGAACAUUGUUAACAAAACGCUGCAUGAUGAUUUGUCUGAAAGAAACCUUGAGAUAGCAAGACAGACAUUGAUUGUAUUAUUAUUACAUGUAUAUUAACAACCAAAAUUAGGAAUUGGAUGUUAAGUACUGGUAUACCUUAGUUUAUAAUUAGCUGAUAUGAUUUCAUAAGUACCAGUGAUUGUCAAGAAAAUUACUGCAAUUUUAGCUGUGUGCAGAAUAAUGGCACUUGUGAAUUUGUCUUUCUCUAUCCCUUUUACUCCCAGGAGUGACCAAGGCAUCAUUUCUCCUUACAGUUUCAAUACAAUUUCAAGUGACUAAGCAAUGGAUUAUAAAAAAUAAUAACUGAUGGUUAUCAUUUGAUGCAAUACCAAAUUCUCAAAACAAACUUUGUAGUAAAUGUAUGACAUACAGUAAAGAGAUUUUUCAUUGACA